AUGAUCAACUCAACACAGGUUUCAUAUUUUAUUCUUAGCUCUUACUUUGAUAUUAAGAUGCUCAAAUACUUAAUGUUUGUGAUCAUUUUGUCUUUAUAUGUUGUUAUAGUUGGUUCCAAUGUUCUGCUGAUCGGGGUUAUCUGCAUUAACCGGACUUUACACGAACCUAUGUACAUUUUUAUGUGCGUCUUGUUUGUGAAUCAGCUUUUAGGCAGUACCAGCUUGUUUCCAUUCCUGCUGGUCCAGAUCCUCUCGGACGUUCACAUUAUUUUAGCUCCGCUCUGUUUUCUGCAGAUUUACUGUGUUCAUACCUACGUUUCAGUAGAGUUCCUGAACCUGGCCAUCAUGUCUUACGACAGAUAUCUGGCCAUCUGUUACCCCCUGCAGUACAACUCACUGAUGACGCUCAAGAAAGUCGUAGUUUUUAUUGCGGUGGAAUGGUUAUUCUCAUUUCUUGGAAUUAGUGUCUUCACGUCUCUGAGCUUCUCUCUGCAUCUGUGUGGAAACAUCAUCAACAAGUUAUACUGCACCAACUACUCCAUCGUCAAACUGGCCUGCUCCGAUACGACACUCAAUAAUGUUUAUGGGCUUUUAAGUUCCGCUGUGGGAAGUCUUGUACCAGUUUCUUUAAUUCUCUACACCUACUUAAGGAUCCUUAAAGUUUGUUUUUCCGGAUCGAAACAAACCCGACAGAAAGCUGUGAGCACGUGCACGCCUCACCUCGUGUCUCUGAUCAACUACUUCUUCGGGGCUGUCUUUGACAUUUUACAGAGCAGGUUUGAUUUGAGCAGCGUUCCAAAUGUCGUGCGGAUAUUUUUAUCGUUGUACUUUCUGACAUGCCAGCCUCUCUUUAACCCGUUAAUAUACGGCCUGAACAUGUCUAAAAUACGCAGCGUGUGGAAAAGUCUGUUUUCAAUCAACUGGAGAUAA